AUGCGGCUACACUCGUCAUCACCUCUCGUUUUCCUCGCGUCGAUGCUGCCGGGUCUCACCGCCGCCAGUGGGUUCGAUUGCGCUCACAUCAGGGUCGAUGGGAUAGAGUACGAUCUGAGUCCACUCGCGGGCGUGCACUCGCUAUAUCAUGUGGAGGAGACGGAGGACGUCGUCGUCAAUACGACAUAUGUGCUGAAUAUCUGCAGUCCCUUGAAGGGCGCUGCUAUCAGGGGGAAAGCCAAGUGCGGCACGUCCAAGAAUAUUUGCGGCUUUCAAGAGACCAAAUUUCUCGACGGAUCUGAAGAUUUUGAAUAUGCCUUUCCGAUCGUGGGAUUGGAUCCCAUGGGCCACGGCUCGAUAGACCCGGAAAUCACCCGGCUGAAGCAGUUGGAUUCAGCCCAGGAAGGGUUGCUGGUGAAGCUCUCCGGAGGAGAGUAUAGAGAGGAACCCACAAAACCGGACUCGAAGAAAGCUGCCAGUGCCGUCAUCGAAUUCAAGUGUGACCCCGACCGAACCGGACUGGAGGGACUCAAGGAUGUUAAAGAUGACGAUGAGAAGCAACGGCGUCGAGCUAUGAAGCGGGAUGGUGACGAUGACAAUGACAAGGAUCAUGGAGACGAUGGCAAUGAUGAGAAGGACGGAGAUAAGGACGGCAAAGACGACAAAGACGACAAGUCUCGCAGUCUUAUAUUCAAGAGCUUCGGGCCCGGUGAUGACAAGUCUUAUGUUCUAAAACUGGACUGGAAGACCAAGUACGCAUGCGAUAACCAAGUCCGGGACAACAAGGGAAGCAAUUCCUCUAGCCACUGGGGAUUCAUCACCUGGCUGAUCAUCAUCGUCUUCCUCUGCACGGCAGCCUAUCUCAUUUUCGGCUCCUGGCUCAACUACAACCGUUACGGUGCCCGUGGCUGGGAUCUGCUCCCCCACGGCGACACCAUCCGCGACAUCCCGUACAUCUUCAAUGACUGGAUCAAACGCGUGAUCAACACGGUGCAAGGGACAGGAACACGAGGUGGCUACAGUGCCGUAUAG